AUGGAUACACAAUUUCUUGAGAUCUACCUAUCGCCCGUGGAGACGCACUGCAGCAAUGUGGAUUACUUCAUACCAGACGAAAACAACGAGACCAGGGGACUAUCUGAUGACGCUAUGAACAGGUUGCACAUGGCCCGGUCCACGGUGGCAUUGUUCAUGGUCGGUUUCUUUUCACUCUUCAUCGCUUUCUGGACCGGGGUCGUUGGCUGUUGGAAGAGGAGUCCCGGAAACAUCACUGCUACAGCUAUUCUAAUGCUUGUCACUUGUUUAUUGUCCGCGGGCGCAAUGGCGUUGUGGCACGGAGUAGAGUUCUACGAAAAGGAAAAGGUCGUCGGAGAGGAAUAUUACCAGCAAUGGCCUAACGUAUUGAAAGACAACUCCUCGGUAUGGUACGAUUGGUCAUACAUCCUGGCCUGGUUAUCUGUGGGCGUUUCCUUCGGGAGCUCCGUCAUUUUCUUCUCUGCAGCUGUUUGUUUGAGCAAAGAGAAACGGCGCGAACAGCAGAAUAACGUGCAGUACAUAAUGCCAGUGUACCCUCAGAAGCAGCAAUACGCAUACGCCGGGUACCCUCCGCCCCAGGCGUACCCGGGGCCGUACUACCACGGCUCCCAAUACGGGCCCUACAACUACUGA